CCGUGGUCACUCCCACUCUGUGCCAUCGGCAGCAGCCCCGUUAGUUCAGAAUUAAUGACCCAAAAAUGGAUUGGCAUUUUUAAAACCACAGCAGAGGAGAGUGCACUGAUGCCAGAAUGGAUCCUCAGCCUGCAAAAGUACAUGUUCCUUUAUUUCUAGGAAAGAUGAAUUCCUUUGCAUCUUUCCCUUUUAUUUUUAUUCUAGCAUUUUCUUUUUUCGGGCUGUCAAAUUUUCUCUCACAGCUGGGGCCUGACCCUUCUUCUUUCCUUGUUCAUGGAUCAAACGUAGUAUACUAAAAUUUCUUGUGCCAGCGUUGAAGUAGUGGGUCCGUGGCAGCAGAGACCUGACACCUGCAGUGGCUCCCAGUCUCACUGGGUGGAUUUCAGAUGUGUGGAAUAUGCUACGUCAACUGGCAACAAGUUUCCAGUGGGUGAAGGAAUUAAGUUGGGAAGCUGCAGAGCAUUAAAGUGAUGUGUUUAAUGUGUGGUGGCAUCCUAUGUGCACAACAGUCUGUGUGAAACUUCAGCAGCAUCAAACUUUUUGAGUUCCAAGGUGGAAGGAGUAGAUUCUUGGAUACUUCUGUGCCUACAAAAUAACCAAAAAUGAAGGAGAACAGUUGUUUACAGGCUGCUCUGCUUUGCCUGGGCAUGUUGUGCUACAGCCACGCCCUGAGCACGGGGCCACUGAACCAGUCCCGGCCAUCGCUCCACGGGCACCACGAGAAAGGCAAGGAGGGACAAGUCCUGCACCGUUCCAAGAGAGGCUGGGUGUGGAAUCAGUUCUUUGUUAUAGAAGAGUACACAGGACCAGAUCCUGUGCUAGUGGGAAGGCUUCACUCAGAUAUUGAUUCUGGAGAUGGAAACAUUAAAUACAUUCUCUCAGGUGAAGGAGCAGGAAUCAUUUUUGUUAUUGAUGACAAAUCAGGGAACAUCCAUGCAACAAAGACACUGGACCGGGAGGAGAGAGCUCAGUACACCCUCACGGCACAGGCUGUGGACAGGAACACCAACAGACCUUUGGAACCACCCUCGGAAUUCAUUGUCAAAGUGCAAGAUAUAAAUGACAACCCGCCUGAGUUUCUUCAUGAAAACUACCAUGCCAAUGUGCCAGAGAGAUCAAAUGUAGGUACAUCAGUUAUUCAGGUAACAGCUUCAGACGCUGAUGAUCCUACCUAUGGGAACAGUGCCAAACUGGUUUACAGCAUUCUGGAAGGUCAGCCGUACUUCUCGGUGGAAGCUCAAACAGGAAUUAUCCGAACUGCCCUUCCCAAUAUGGACAGAGAAGCCAAGGAAGAAUAUCACGUUGUAAUACAGGCGAAAGACAUGGGAGGACACAUGGGAGGCCUCUCAGGGACAACCAAAGUGACAAUUACACUUACAGAUGUCAAUGACAACCCACCAAAGUUCCCACAAAGUGUGUACCAGAUGUCAGUGUCAGAAGCAGCUAUCCCAGGAGAGGAAGUAGGAAGAGUGAAGGCCAAAGAUCCUGACAUUGGGGAAAAUGGCUUGGUAGCCUACAGCAUCAUCGAUGGAGAUGGCAUGGACAUGUUUGAAAUUACAACAGACUAUGAGACUCAGGAAGGGGUAGUAAAGCUUAAGAAGACCUUAGAUUAUGAAACCAAAAAGACCUACAGCCUGAAGGUGGAGGCAGCCAAUGUCCACAUUGACCCCAAGUUCAUCAGCAAUGGGCCGUUCAAGGACACGGUGACAGUGAAAAUAGCAGUGGAAGAUGCUGACGAGCCCCCCGUGUUUCUGAAGCCAGGUUACAUUUUUGAAGUACAAGAAAAUGCAGCAUCUGGUACUGUGGUGGGAAAAGUACAUGCCAAAGACCCUGAUGCUGCCAACAGUGCUGUAAGAUAUUCAAUUGAUCGUCACACUGAUCUUGAAAGAUAUUUUGUUAUCAAUGCAGAAGAUGGCAAUAUCAAGACAAUAAAAGCUUUGGAUAGGGAAGAAAUUGCUUGGCAUAAUAUCUCUGUGUUUGCAGUUGAAGUCCACAAACAACACCAGGAAGCCAAGGUCCCCGUGUCCAUUAAGGUGGUUGAUGUCAAUGACAAUGCCCCCAAGUUCGCAGCAGCCUAUGAGGCCUUCGUGUGUGAGAAUGCCCGGAGCAAUCAGCAAUUUAUUACAAUUAGUGCUGAUGACAAGGAUGACUCGGCCAAUGGACCAAGAUUUAUCUUCAGUUUACCACCUGAAAUUAUUCAUAAUCCAAAUUUUACCCUCAGAGACAACAGAGAUAACACAGCAAGCGUUCUCGUCAGGCGUGAAGGAUUCAGUCGCCAAAAGCAGGAUUUAUACCUUCUCCCCAUAGUGAUCAGUGACGGGGGGCUGCCCCCCCUGAGCAGCACCAACACGCUGACCAUCCGGGUGUGUGGCUGUGACAGCAGCGGCUCCCUCCUGUCCUGCAAUGCCGAGGCCUUCGUGCUCAACGCGGGGCUCAGCACCGGCGCCCUCAUCGCCAUCCUGGCCUGCAUCGUCAUCUUAUUAGUCAUUGUAGUGUUGUUUGUAACACUGAAAAGGCAGAAAAAAGAACCUCUGAUCGUUUUUGAAGAAGAAGACGUGCGGGAGAACAUUAUCACCUACGAUGAUGAGGGUGGAGGUGAGGAGGACACGGAAGCCUUUGACAUUGCCACGCUGCAGAACCCCGAUGGCAUCAAUGGGUUCAUCCCUCGCAAGGACAUCAAACCCGAGUACCAGUACAUGCCCAGGCCGGGCCUCCGGCCGGCUCCCAACAGCGUGGACGUUGAUGAUUUCAUCAACACGAGGAUACAGGAGGCUGACAACGACCCCACUGCUCCUCCCUAUGACUCCAUCCAGAUCUAUGGCUACGAGGGCAGAGGCUCAGUGGCUGGGUCACUCAGCUCCUUAGAGUCAGCGACCACAGAUUCUGAUUUGGACUACGACUAUCUACAAAACUGGGGACCUCGAUUUAAGAAACUUGCAGACUUAUAUGGCUCCAAAGACACUUUCGAUGAUGAUUCUUAACAAUAAAGUUUAAGAUUUGGCCUUAAGAACUGUGUCCGAUGUUCUGAAGAAUCCAGAAGAAAUGUUAGCAGGUAUUUUUUUAAAAAUCAAGAAAAUCUCAUUUAAACAUUUAAGUUUGACAGAGAGGAUUCCUUUGAUAGAAAAGGACAUAAAAGUGGUAAAUACUGUGAAGUACCUUUUCCUACAAAAGGCAAAUCUAGAAGUUGGCUGCCAGCUUCACUGAAGGAAAAAACCCACUUUAGAAAUACAAAAUAUUUAAAUGAAGGAAAAUGCUAAAAGUGAACUACAAACAAGGGAAAUCUUUUAUGUAUUAUGAACACCUAAAUCUUUUACAUCAAAGAAGCUUCCACGAUUAGAAAAGAUAACAGUUCUGAGCUGUAAUUUCGCCUUAAACUACGGACACUCUAUAUGGUAGUGCAUUUUUAAACUUGAAAUAUAUAAUAUUCAGCCAGCUUAAACCCAUAUGAUGUAUGUACAGUACAAUGUACAAUUAUUAUGUCUCUUGAACAUCAAACUUGUUACUGCUGAUUCUUGUAAAUCUUUUUGCUUAUACUUUCAUCUUGAACUAAUACGUGCCAGAUAUAAAAACUCUGUCUUGUUGCAGUGGGAGGAGCCCUAUUUCUAUGUCAUUUUUAAUGUAUCUAUUUGUACAAUUUUAAAAUUCUUAUUUUAGUAUACAUACAAAUAUCAGUAUUCUGACAUGUAAGAAAUGUUACGGCAUCACACUUAUAUUUUAUGAACAUUGUACUGUUGCUUUAAUAUGUGCUUCAAUAUAAGAAGCAGACUUUGAAAUAAACUGAUUCUUUUUUAA